AUGCCGCCAUUAUUGUCUACAGUCAACUGUGAAACACCCACCUCAGGUUCGCGUUUCGGAGAUGACUUCGCCAAAUGGUUCAGGAUUCUGGAAAAGUACAACGUCCUCAGCGUCAGUCCGGGGCUGGAGCAGCUGGGAAACAUCAAGUGGGAACUGGUUCUGUGUCUCUUUGUUUCUUGGUUUCUCAUAUUUGCCUGUUUAGCCAAGGGUGUCAGGUCUGUCGGGAAGGUUGUGUACGUGACUGCGACACUGCCAUAUGUUUUUCUCUUCAUCCUGCUUGUCCGUGGACUGACCUUACCUGGAGGAACAGAUGGAGCUCUGUUUUACAUUACCCCUAAUUUCAGGAAAUUAUUAAACAUACAGGUUUGGAUUGAAGCAUGUGUGCAGGUAUUCUUCUCUCUUGGCCCAGCUUGGGGAGGAAUUAUCACAUUGUCCAGCUUUAACAAAUUUAAUAGCAACUGUCUAAGGAAUGCAGUCAUCUGCACGUCCGUUGGUGCCGGAACAAGCUUAUUUGCCGGUGCAGUGGUCUUUUCCGUUCUUGGCUUCAUGGCACAUAACGCAGGUGUUCCCAUCGCAGAUGUUGUGUCCUCAGGCCCAGGACUAGGAUUUGUUAUUUAUCCAGAAGCACUGGCUCAACUUCCGCUUCCCCAGAUAUGGAGUUUUGUCUUUUUUAUCAUGCUUGUUCUCUUAAUCCUGGAUUCACUGGUGAGACACAAUUUGCCGAAAUAACGUUACAAAGACAAUAUUUGCAUAUCGGCAUAUAAGAACCACAAACGUUUGUAAAAUAAACAACUAAACUUACUAACUAUAUCAUUUGACUCAAUCAUCACAAUUUUAAGAUGCAUCCUGUUAUUCCUUUGGUCUUAAAAUCUUUUAAUAUUAUUUCUCUGCACAGAUGUCUAUGGUUGAAACUGUGAUAUCUGCCAUCAUGGAUGAAUACCCCGUGCUUUUGAAAUGGAGAAUGACUGUAA